AUGCUAGGCGUCUCCGAUCCAUUCAGUGUAGUCGCUAAGUUGGUGAUUGAAAAAGUAGGCAUGGAGUUUACCAGUUCAGCUGUUAAGAGGCUGUAUGCUGUGAGAGUUAUCACUCCGGAUUUCGUAAACGUUCACUCGAAUUCACCGUUAACAUUACCAGAUGAGUUUUGCAAAAACGACAUUGAUACAAGUCGAUGGAAGGUUAACAAAAAAUUUCUGCUCAAUAACGUCCACCUAAAAAUGGCUGAAUUAAUAUUCUCGAGUGGUGCAGCCAAUCUAUCCCGAAAUACCAGUGCAAGAAUGCUUCUAAUAGGCCUUGGUGGCGGAACCCUCAACGGUUUUCUUCAUCAUAAUUUCCCGAAAAUGAAUAUCACCGUAGUGGAAAUCAGCGACCAAAUGGUGUACAUGGCAAGAAAAUGGUUCGAUUUGAAGACGAACGAUCGACAUCAGGUUGUAAUCACGGAUGGCGUCAAAUAUAUUGAGGACCAGAUCAGAAAAGGAACAAAAUACGAUGUUGUUGCGGUGGAUGCCUGCGAUUCCAAUCCCAGUUUGAAACGGAAACUUGUAUGUCCACUAGACGUUUUUCUCAAAGAAAACGUUAUCAAAAAUCUUACACGCUUAAUCACCAGCAGAGGAAUACUCAUCAUUAGUACUUUCACGGUGAAUAUGACUGAUGUCGAGGUACAUGCACUGCUGGAAACCAAAUUCUCCAAUUUUAUCAAAUAUUGCAACAUCGCUAAAAAGACAUUCUACUGUACGCACCACCAGCCUGAAGCAACAAAGAGCGUCGAUUUGCUGGAUUUCGUCAAAAACGUUCCACUAAAAAUAUAA